UCUCUUUCGGUCUUUUGAAGGAAUCAGUCGCAUUCUGAAUCCAUCGGACGUUGAUAUAAUAAAAGUAAAUCGAAGUGAUAAAAUCAAACGUACAUAUGUACUGAAAAAGUUCUUCAUUUUGUGCUGAAUGUGAAAACAGUUAAACGGCAAUCAACGAAAAAGAGUGUGACGGAAAACAAAUACAAUCACGUUUUCUGUGCCAAAUUAACUGUUAUAACCAAGUGCAACUGAAAACUAAAAACAAAAGUGAAAAGUGAAAAGCAAAAGAAAAACAAUAAAGCAAAAGUCAGAUAAAAUAAUUUGCAUAUUAUUUUUCGAAGAGCAACGCAAAGCGAAGAACAGUUUAAGCAAGUGCAACGGUAACAACGUAUAAUGGCACCAAUAACCACUGACAAUUACGAAUUCGAAUGUGCAACAAGUGUUGAAAGCGGCAACAAUACCGAUAACUUUGAAAACGAUAUUAAUAUCGAUAACGAAUGUUUUGUGAGCAGUGCAUCGAAUGAUUCGAAUUUGAGUCAAGUUCAGGCUGAAGAACAUGUUGCAAAGCAGCAGGAGCAGCAGCCGAAGCAGAUGCCAUGGGAGGCACCUGGCAAACAGGGACUCUACGAUCCCCAGAACGAGCAUGAGGCAUGCGGCGUGGGAUUCAUUGUGGCCAUCGAUGGCAAACGUUCUCACAAGAUUCUUCGUGAUGCCCAGACCUUGUCAGAACGGAUGAAUCAUCGCGGCGCCUGCGCCUGUGACAACGACACCGGCGAUGGCGCUGGUGUAUUGGCUUCCAUUCCUCACGGGCUCUAUGCCAAGGCUCUUGCUGAAAAGGGCGUAAACUUGCCCGAGUUGGGCAACUAUGCCACGGGCAUCUUCUACUUGGACGAGGCCCAGGCUGCCUCCGCGGAAGCUGAGUUCAACGAACUGGCCGAGAGUCUGGGUUUGUCGGUGCUCGCCUGGCGCACCGUGCCAACCAAUCAGCAGGCCAUUGGCGUUGUUGCACGGAAGUCGGAGCCGUUGUCGCGUCAGGUGUUUGUCGCUCGUCCUGAAGGCUUGGACGAGAAGUCCUUCCAGCGUCAGGUGUUUGUGCUGCGCAAGCGGGCUAGCCAUGAGCUGGCCAAACAGGGCAGGCGCUUCUACAUCUGUUCCUUGUCGGAUCGCACUGUGGUCUACAAGGGUCUCUUCACCUCGGAUCAGUUGUGGGACUACUAUACGGACCUGCAGGAUCCCGAAUUUGAGACCUAUAUGGCCCUGGUGCACACGCGCUUCUCCACCAACACUUUCCCCAGCUGGGAGCGAGCUCAUCCGCUGCGCGUCCUGGCCCAUAACGGUGAGAUUAAUACGCUGCGUGGCAAUGUGAAUCUGAUGAAGGCUCGCGAGGGUGUCAUGCAGUCGGAGCUGUUUGGCGAUCAGCUGAAGAAGCUUUAUCCCGUGGUGGAGCCCAAUCUAUCCGAUUCGGGCUCGUUUGAUUGUGUCCUGGAGUUCAUAACAAUGGCGAGUGAUCGUUCACUGCCCGAGUCGGUGAUGACCAUGGUGCCGGAGGCUUGGCAGAACGAUCGCACGAUGCCCCAGGAGAAGCGCGACUUCUAUCAAUGGGCUGCCUGUGUGAUGGAGCCGUGGGAUGGCCCGGCUUUGAUCAGCUUCACCGACGGUCGUUACAUUGGCGCCGUUCUGGAUCGUAAUGGACUGCGUCCAUCUCGCUUCUAUGUGACUAAGGAGAAUGUGCUGGUCAUGGCCAGCGAGGUGGGCGUCUAUGAUGUCGAUCCGUCGCAGGUGACGCUCAAGAGUCGCCUCAAGCCAGGUCGCAUGUUGCUGGUGGACACCAAGGAGCAGAAGCUUAUCCAGGACAUUGAACUGAAGUCGCGCAUUGCGAAGUCGCGUCCCCACUCCGAGUGGCUGCAGCAGAAGAUGAUCACGCUGGAUGAGAUUCGUAAUGCGAACGUGCUGAACACGCCCAUCGAGGAGCCACCGAAGCCGCCAGCAUCGCAGCGCGGUAUUUUCGAUCCGCGACUCUCGCUCUUUGGCUACACCACGGAGACGGUCAACAUGCUCCUGAUACCCAUGUUCAAGAACAAAAAAGAGGCACUUGGAUCGAUGGGCAACGAUGCACCGCUAGCUUGCUUGUCCGGCUUUCAGCCCAUUCCGUAUGAGUACUUUAAGCAGCUCUUCGCACAGGUGACCAAUCCACCAAUCGAUCCAUUCCGCGAGAAGGUGGUCAUGUCCAUGCAAUGUCCCGUUGGGCCAGAGGCGAAUUUGCUGCAGCCAUCGGCACAGCAGGUCCACCGCAUUUGGCUGCCAAAUCCCAUAUUGAGCAUUCCAGAUACCCAGCUGCUUAAGCGCAACACGCACCGUGGGUGGAAGACCAAGGUCCUGGACAUUACAUUCCAGUAUAGCGAGGGCACUCGGGGCUACAUGGAGUGCAUCGAGCGCAUCUGUCGGGAGGGUGCCAGUGCUGCUCAGGCGGGCUAUCAGCUGAUCGUUAUAUCCGAUCGCGAGGCUGGCUCAAACGAACGUGUCGCAGUUUCAGCUCUGCUCGCGCUGGGUGCACUGCAUCAUCAUCUGAUCGAGACAUUGCAACGCAUGAAGGUGGGCAUUAUUGUGGAGACGGCCGAGGCACGCGAGGUGCACCACGUGUGCGUCCUGCUCGGCUAUGGCGCCGACGCUAUCUGCCCCUAUUUGGCCUUCGAACUGGCCCAGGCGCUACGGGAUGAUGGCGUCAUCAGUGCAGAUGUCACCGACAAGCAGAUCUACGCCGCCUACGCUCAGGCAAUCGAUACUGGUAUUGCUAAGGUAAUGGCCAAGAUGGGCAUCAGCACCCUGCAGUCCUACAAGAGCGCCCAGAUCUUCGAGGCAGUGGGCUUGGGCAACGAGCUGAUUGAUAAGUGUUUCCGCGGCACUCAAAGCCGUAUUGGUGGCGUGACCCUCGAGAUACUGGCCAAAGAGGGUCUAGAGCGCUUCCAGUUGACCUAUGGCAAGGUAUCGCCCGACACACACAUUCUUCGCAAUCCCGGACAAUACCAUUGGCGUCAUGGCGGCGAGGCACACAUCAACGAACCCUCCUCCAUUGGCAGCCUGCAAGAGGCGGCUGUCAGCAAUAAUAAGAACGCCUUCGAGGCCUUCAAGAAGACCACCCUGGAGAGUGUGAAGAACUGUGCGCUGCGUGGUCAGCUGGAAUUUGUGACCGACCGUGAAAAGAUUGACAUAUCCGAAGUGGAGCCGGCCAGCGAGAUUGUGAAACGUUUCGCCACUGGCGCCAUGAGCUUCGGCAGCAUCUCGUUGGAGGCGCAUCAAACGCUCUCCAUAACCAUGAAUCGCAUCGGAGGCAAGAGCAACACCGGCGAAGGUGGCGAAGACUCCGAUCGCUAUCUGAAUCAAGAUCCUAACAAUAGCCGCCGUUCGGCUAUCAAGCAGGUGGCUUCUGGUCGUUUUGGUGUAACCGCCUCGUACCUGGCCAAUGCGGAUGAUCUGCAGAUCAAGAUGGCUCAGGGUGCCAAGCCGGGUGAAGGCGGUGAGCUGCCCGGCUACAAGGUGACCAAGGACAUUGCCAAGACACGAAAAUCAGUGCCUGGCGUGGGUUUAAUAUCGCCACCACCACAUCACGAUAUCUAUUCCAUUGAGGAUCUGGCCGAGCUGAUCUACGAUCUCAAGUGCUCCAAUCCCAAUGCGCGCAUCAGCGUCAAAUUGGUGUCUGAGGUGGGCGUGGGUGUGGUUGCCUCUGGCGUGGCCAAGGGCAAAGCGGAACAUAUUGUCAUUUCUGGCCAUGAUGGCGGCACCGGUGCCAGCUCCUGGACGGGCAUUAAGAAUGCUGGCCUGCCCUGGGAGCUUGGAAUUGCAGAGACGCACCAAGUACUUGUUUUGAAUAAUCUACGAUCAAGGGUCGUCGUUCAGGCUGAUGGUCAGCUGCGCACGGGCUUCGAUGUGGUUGUUGCUGCUCUGCUUGGCGCCGAUGAGUUUGGCUUCAGCACAGCUCCCUUGAUUGUUAUGGGCUGUACCAUGAUGCGCAAGUGUCAUUUGAAUACCUGUCCCGUGGGCAUUGCCACACAGGAUCCGGUGCUGCGCAAGAAAUUCACCGGCAAACCGGAGCAUGUCAUUAAUUUCUUCUUCAUGCUAGCUGAGGAUAUCCGCCAAAUUAUGGCCAAUCUGGGCAUCCGCAAGUUCCAGGACCUGAUUGGACGAACCGAUCUGCUGCGCAUGUCCAGCCAUCGGGGUAUCAAAGCAAGCAAUUUGGAUCUCAAGCUGCUGCUGCAGCCAGCGCUGGAGCUGCGCCCAGGCACAAACAUUGUCGGCGGCUCGGUGAAGCAGGACUUCCAAUUGGAAAAGCGUUCCGAUAAUAAGUUGAUCGAGCAGGCUCAGCAAAUCUUUAACGGCAGCCGGGACAACAUCACCAUCAACAUGGCCAUACACAACGAAGAGCGUGCGUUUGGCUCUACCCUGAGCUAUCACAUUGCCUGUAAAUAUGGCGAGGCUGGUCUGCCUGCUGGAAAGAGCAUUGAUAUCUUCCUCGAGGGCUCGGCUGGUCAGAGCUUCUGCGCCUUCUUGGCACGUGGCGUCAAUGUGACCCUUAAGGGCGAUGCCAACGAUUAUGUCGGCAAGGGCCUCUGUGGUGGCAAUGUAGUCAUCAUGCCACCAGACACCGCACCGUUCGAGUCGCAUCUGAAUGUGAUUGUGGGCAAUGUGUGCCUCUAUGGUGCCACCGAGGGCACCGCCUACUUCCGAGGCAUUGCUGCUGAGCGGUUCUGUGUGCGCAAUUCAGGCGUGACUGCCGUCGUGGAGGGUGUGGGUGAUCACGGCUGCGAAUACAUGACUGGUGGAUUGGUUGUUAUCCUUGGCUUGACUGGACGCAAUUUCGCAGCGGGCAUGUCCGGUGGCAUUGCCUAUGUCUAUGAUAUUGAUGGUUCCUUCAAGCCCAAGGUCAAUCCAGAAUCAGUUGAGCUGUUGCCGUUGCAGUUGGACGAAGAUGUGUCGCUGGUCAAGCGGCUCCUCGCUGACUUCAUCGAGAAGACCGGCUCGAAGGUGGCCAAGGAACUGCUCGAUAACUGGGCACAAGAGCAGGCGAAAUUCGUUAAGGUCUUCCCAUACGAAUACCAGAAGGCCCUAAAGGACCUGGCUGAGCAGGCGGCACAGGAGCAGCCCGCCAAGGUGGCAGCUGUUGAGAAUGGUAACGGCAAACAUGAGCCGCACAUCAAGGACAUCGAGGAAGCCAUUCAGGAUGUGGCACUGGAACAGAAGCGUGCUGACCGUGUGCUGGACAAGCUGCACGGCUUUGUCAAGUACAAGCGCGAGGCGGCUCCAUAUCGCGAUGCAGGCACCCGCCAGAAGGAUUGGGAUGAGGUCUACAAUUUCCCACAUGUGCGCAAGAACUUGAAGAUGCAGGCCGCCCGUUGCAUGGAGUGCGGUGUACCCUUCUGUCAGUCGAACUCCACGGGCUGUCCGUUGGGCAACAUCAUACCCAAGUGGAACGAUCUGGUCUUCCACGGCGAAUGGCAGGAGGCAUUGCGACAGCUGCUCCAGACCAAUAACUUCCCCGAAUUUACGGGUCGCGUCUGCCCAGCCCCCUGCGAGGGCUCCUGCGUGCUGGGCAUCUCGGAACCAGCAGUGACCAUCAAGAAUAUCGAGUGCGCCAUAAUCGAUCAUGCCUUCGAGCAGGGCUGGAUCAAGGCCGAGAUACCAGAGACGCGCACCGGCAAGCGUGUGGCCAUUGUGGGCUCCGGUCCCUCCGGCCUGGCAGCUGCUCAGCAGCUCAACCGUGCCGGACACUUUGUCACGGUCUUUGAGCGCAACGAUCGUGUCGGAGGUCUGCUGCAGUACGGCAUUCCAACCAUGAAGCUAUCCAAGGAGGUGGUCAAGCGACGCGUGGAUCUCAUGGCCGAUGAGGGCAUUGAGUUCCGUACCAAUGUGCACAUUGGCAAGGAUACUAGCGCAGAGAAGUUGGUGCAGAGCUAUGAUGCGGUGUUGUUAACCACUGGCUCCACCUGGCCGCGCGACUUGCCUUUGGCCAAUCGCGAUCUGCAGGGCAUUCACUUUGCCAUGGAGUUCCUCGAGGCGCAGCAGAAGAAACAGCUGGGCGGCAAGAAGGAGAUCAUUUCGGCUGAGGGCAAGGAUGUCAUCAUUAUUGGUGGCGGCGACACCGGUUGCGAUUGCAUUGCAACCUCAUUGCGUCAGGGUGCAAAGAGCAUUACCACAUUCGAGAUUUUGCCAGAGCCUCCAGCGAAGCGUGCCGACGACAAUCCUUGGCCACAGUGGCCCAAGGUAUUCCGUGUGGACUACGGCCAUGAGGAGGUGCGCCUCAAGUGGGGCAAAGAUCCUCGUCAAUACUGCACCACAACCAAGGAGUUUGUGGGUGAGAAUGGGCAUAUUAAGGGAGUGCACACUGUCGAGGUGGAGUGGACCAAGACAGAGACGGGCGCAUGGCGCAUGCAGGAGGUGGCAGGCUCGGAGAAAUACUUCCCAGCUGAUCUGAUUCUGCUGGCCAUGGGCUUCCUUGGGCCGGAGAAGACGGUGCCCAACGAGCUGGGUCUGGAGCUGGAUCCUCGCGGUAACAUAAAAGCAUGCAACGGACAGUAUGGAACCUCCAAUCCCAAGGUGUUCGCAGCAGGCGAUUGCCGGCGUGGUCAGUCGUUGGUGGUAUGGGCCAUUACGGAGGGUCGUCAGGCGGCGCGUCAAGUGGAUUCCUACCUAACGGGCAAACCCAGCGGCUUGCCUGGACCUGGCGGUGUCAUUAAUCCAACAGUACCCAGAUACUAAGUACCUAAAGAUGUGAUGCUGGAUGGUGAUGCGGGGUGUCUGUCUUCUGUCUGUGUGCGUGCGUCGUCCUUAGCAUAGAACAAUUCGUAUGGUUUUCAUUUUGAGAACCUAAUUAGAAUUUGUGAUUUUUAUUUUCGCGAUUUUAGUUUAGUUUACUCUAAAAAGACUUCAGUUUUUUACACUACAUAUUAAAUACCUUUUAAUUAUC